GCCAUGCGGUACAACGAGCGCGAGCUGCUCUGCCUCGCGCGGCAGCCCGCGGAGAAGGCGGCGGAGAUCCUGAUGCGGCUGCCCCGGAAGGGCAGCGUGCUGAAGAAGCGUCUGGUGAAGCUGGUUGUCAACUUUCUCUUCUACUUCAGGACCGAUGAAGCUGAGCCCAUUGGAGCUCUGCUGCUGGAGCACUGCAGGAUCACCAAAGAGGAGGAAAAUGUCUUCUCCAUCAGUUUCGUGGAGGAGCCAGAGAGGAAAUACUGCUUUGAGUGUGCCAGUGAGGAGCAGUGCCAGGAGUGGAUUGAGGCCCUCAAGAGAGCCAGCUAUGAGUUCAUGAGGAGGACUUUGAUCUUCUACCGCAACGAGAUCCAGAAGCUGACAGGGAAGGACCCCCUGGAGCAGUUUGGGAUCUCGGAGGAAGCUCGCUUCCAGCUGGGGCCACCCCAGCAGUGAGCCUGGGCUGGGGGCUGGCCCUGGGCUGGGGGCUGGCCCUGGGCUCCCUGCAGAGGGUCAGCCUUGCAGCCCCCUCCCCAGGGCCAGCAGCAGCCCUGCAGUGACCAAGUGACUUCUCUUUUGCUUUUUUAUUUAUUAUUUUGUAUGAUUUUUGUCCAGGGAAUCUGUGGCCCAGUCCCUGCCCCAGCUGGGGA